CAGUUAACCAUUAACAGAAACAAAGAAUCAAAAAGUUAAUGUCAGACUCCGAGUCCGAGACCGACACUGAGUCUGAGUGAAUGAGAGAGCCUCACAGAGAAGCAACAACUCGAAAAAUGCCGAACCUUCGAAUCUCCGGCAGCGGUAGAGGAGGAGCCGCGCGGAGCUCCGUCGCCUCGUUCAGAGUGCUUGCCAUGGCCAUUGCAGUCGCCGUCGUCUUCUUCUUUUCGCUCUCCUUCGUCUUCGCCUCCCGAACCGACUCCUCCGAUGUCGGCGACUCGGGUUUGGAUUCCGGUUCGUUUGGUGGAUUUGGAUCGACGAGAAGGACCGUACUAGCUCUGAAAUCGGACCCACUGAAGCCCCGACUGGACCAGAUCCGGAAGCAGGCAGACGAUCAUCGGACCCUAGCCCUAGCGUACGCGAGCUAUGCGCGGAAGCUGAAGCUCGAGAACUCCAAGCUGGUUCGGGUUUUCGCCGAUCUCUCCCGAAAUUACUGGGAUCUCAUGAACAAACCUGCCUAUCGCUCCCUAUUCGAAUCAGACGCUCUCAACAUUGACGAAUCGGUGCUGCGACAGUUCGAGAAAGAAGUGAAAGAGCGAAUCAAAGUUACUAGACAAGUAAUUGCCGAAGCGAAAGAGUCUUUCGAUAACCAGCUCAAGAUUCAGAAGCUGAAGGACACCAUUUUCCAAGUGAAUGAGCAGCUGACGAAGGCUAAGAAGCAAGGGGCUUUCUCGAGCUUGAUUGCCGCGAAGUCGAUCCCCAAGAGCUUGCAUUGCGUCGCAAUGCGGCUGAUGGAGGAGCGAAUUGCGCAUCCGGAGAAGUACACUGAUGAAGGGAAGCCGAUUCCCCCGGAAAUUGAGGACCCCAAUCUGUACCAUUAUGCUAUAUUUUCGGAUAACGUGAUUGCAGCGUCGGUGGUGGUGAAUUCGGCGGUGAAGAACGCCAAGGAGCCAUGGAAACAUGUCUUCCAUGUCGUGACUGAUAAGAUGAACCUUGGAGCAAUGCAGGUUAUGUUUAAAAGCAAGGACUAUAAUGGGUCACAUGUUGAAGUGAAGGCUGUGGAGGAUUAUAAGUUUUUGAAUUCUUCAUAUGUGCCGGUGUUAAAGCAAUUGGAAAACGCAAAGUUGCAAUCAUUUUACUUUGAGAAUAAGCUCGAGAAUGCAACCAAAGACGCAACAAACAUGAAGUUCAGGAACCCCAAGUAUUUGUCCAUAUUGAACCACUUGAGGUUUUAUUUGCCUGAAAUGUACCCGAAAUUGCAUAGGAUUCUAUUUUUGGAUGACGAUAUAGUGGUUCAGAAGGAUUUAACUGGUUUGUGGAGGAUUGAUAUGGAUGGGAAGGUGAACGGGGCGGUUGAGACCUGUUUUGGGUCUUUCCAUCGUUAUGCACAGUACAUGAAUUUCUCACAUCCUCUGAUUAAGGAGAAGUUUAAUCCUAAUGCGUGCGCGUGGGCUUAUGGAAUGAACUUCUUUGAUCUGGAUGCGUGGAGAAAGCAAAAUUGUACUGCCGAUUAUCAUUACUGGCAAAAUCUGAACGAGAACCGUAGCCUGUGGAAAUUGGGGACACUUCCGCCAGGUUUAAUCACAUUUUACUCGACAACAAAGCCACUAGACAAGUCAUGGCACGUUCUGGGACUUGGCUAUAAUCCGAGCAUCAGCAUGGACGAGAUUCGCAAUGCUGCAGUGGUGCACUUCAACGGGAAUAUGAAGCCUUGGCUUGAUAUUGCCAUGAGCCAGUUCAAGCCACUCUGGGAAAAACACGUCAGUUAUGAUAUGGAGUUCGUUCAGGCCUGCAAUUUUGGUCUUUAAACGAACCGGAUUUGUUGAAGCUCUAGUUGGAGAAUCUGCCAAUGCUAGUCCUACAGCUAGUAAGCUAUCCCUCUUUUGGAUUCCGUAGUUGCUCGUUGCACGUUUACUAAUUAUUCUUAGUAUAGGGACGAUAUGCAUCAAUCUAAGUGUAGCAUACCUGUUUUCCAUGUUAAUCUAGGUCUUCUUUUUAUUGUUUCAUACAACUUAAGUUCACUUGGAAGAUGAUAAUUACUGAAGUUGGUGGAAAUUUACAGUAAACUGUCAAACA